GAAGCAGGGGGAUGAUGAACCCAGCGGCGAAAUGAAUUCUUAGAUCAGAAUUUCUCUCACAUAUGAAAGUAUAAAUAAGGAGUCUUCUCCAUUUCUCCCUUGUUGUUUUGGACAAUUAAACAUUUGCAAAUGUUUUAAUUGCAAAAUAUUACUUACUGUCAGGCUUCCAGGAGGGCUUCUAUCAAGUCAGCCCUUGUUUUGAUAUUUAAAAGAAGAUCGAGGUGAGAAUUGCUGGUCUUGCCUGAGAUUCGGGGGUAGCGCCAUUAGAAUGAGAUCAGAUCAUUAAAAGCCAGUGACUACUAAUUAUCAGGCUACUUUUCUGAGGCUAUUCAAAAGCUGGGCAGUGAAGAGCCAGAGAUCUACCUUUGUAUCAAAACCUUGGUGUUCUGCUCACCGGCUGAACCUUCAGCUAACAAUUAAACAUUCUUUAUGAUGAUGAAAUCUGGGCUUGGAAUCCCUGUUGGUUGGUGGGCUUCCUUGUCAGGGUGCUCAUUUUCUCAUUUCAGAGGGAAGUUGGAUAAAAAGAAAACCUAUUUCCUGUAGCUCAUUUGAUACCUGGUGGGGAUCCUAUUCAGGUGACAAGGAUACAGGCACAGAGGGGGAACAGAUGUGAUUUACACACUCAUUAUCAUUUGAAUGAAAGUGCAGAUAGGCCUGUUCAGGGGCCCGGGCAUCACCUGGACAGCUUUCCUUCUGAUCUUUAUCCCAUCUGAGAGGCCAGGUCCCCCUGACAUCUUUAAAUCCCCGACCCCCAGCUGGUGACACACAGAGGUUUAUGACAGUCCGCAGUCCUCUGAAGCUCCAAGCACAGAUGCCAUUCAGAAUUGUGCUUCACACUGUUUUUUUCAUUGUGUUCAGGCUUAAUCAGGAAUAUAUCCAAAAAAAGCGUCACUUGAAUAAUUUCUUUUGGUACUUCUCCAGAAACCUGUUUGCCACUCGAAGUUUGUGUAUAGUAUUCUAAAGGGCUUCAGAUUUUGUGUUCUUAAAGUUAUGUGCCAUACGUAGCUGCUUCAGCUUUGAAAAAAGGACAACAAAAUGGGAAGGACCAGAAGUUAUAGAUGCCAUGCAAAGCUUAUGUUUUUCUGAGUAUUCAAUCAGAUGAGCUCAGUAUUGUGGUAGACAGUGGCAGAAUUUUAGAGCUGAAAGAGAGUCUAAAGUUUGGAUGAAAGUACCAGAAAGAAAAGUUUCUCUUUGCCAUGUUUUGCUCUCCAGUUAAGAUUUUCAGCCUCUUUGUUUUGCUACCUGGAAUGGUUGCUGUCACCAGGAUCUCUCAAGCAUUUUAUGUUACUUUUCUGUGGGGUAUGUGAAUUAUAUGGAAAAAUCGCUCGUGUCCUCUGAAGAGCGCCAAUGAUGAGUCCUGGGCAGUACAAACUGUAUUUAAAAAUAAAAUACAUUUUCAAGAAAGCCUGCUUUAGCUCAGGACAAGAAUGCAAAACAACCUUGAAUAACUUAAACUGUUGUUUUUAACCUUCCCUUAUCUCAGGCAGCCUGACAGUUUUGGUGGGAAGCAAAAAGUGAAAGGAAUCUGUGAGAACAAAUGCUGUGGUGUUUCAUGAUUUUAAUUAGGUAUUGUAUUAAAGAGAAAAAUAUAAUGAACACAAGCACAUACACAUUUUAUUUCCCAUCUAACAUUAACAGUUAAAGAAAACAAUCACUAUCAAAUUACUUUGUUACAGUCCAUAAUUACAACUCAGGUUACGCUUAACUGUUAUUAACAGAAUGUACAGUAAUAUGUUCUGGCAUCGUAAUAUGUUAUUGUAGCAUUAUAAUUAAUCUUACAGGAAGUAUAAUAAAUUUACAGUAUCAGAUUGAAGCAAUACUGCAUAUAGAUUUAUUAAUGCUUUUAAUCAGUUCUGGCAAAAUUAAUUUCGCACUGAUUGCUUACAUUGGAAUUUGCAUAUACUUAGUGAAAGUAAUUUAUUUUUUAUGGAUUCCUUUUUAUUAAAAUAGGGCAUAUGGCCCUUUAGCUACAAAACUUUGCUGAUUCUUUAGCUAAAAUAUUCCUAAACAUAUUGAAAUGCCAUAUUUCUUCCAUUUAAGAUAAUUCUUCCUCUUAAGAUUUAUUUUUAAACUAUAUUCUUUAAAGGGCCUUCUUAAUUCUCAUUGAAAUAAUCUAUUUUUUAAAACUACAGUGUUUAUUUCCCUAUUGCCAUUAGCCUGUCUAUUUUUCCCCAAGGACCCAAGUUUGAAUAAAAAUAUAAGCCAUGAAAAAUGUCUAGAUUGAUAAAACAUUGCAUUAACAUUUCAGAAAGUUUCCUGUGUAAAUUAAAUAAAAAUGAAAACUAACGAAAUUUUACUAUUUCAAAAGUCCAGUCAAAAUGGUACAACACAUAAGAAUUUUGCCAAUAUUUAGAGGGCAACUAUAUUCCAAUAUUCCAAAAUGUUUUUCUAUGCCAUUCAAUGUAUAUGCCCUAGAAAGACAAAUGUAGAUUAAAACAACACAAAACAAAAAAAAAAAACCUUAAACUCAUAUGAAUGGCGAAAGUUGAAAAAUAGCUAC